GAAACUUGCUCCUAGAAAUAAAUACCUUUCCCCCCUUUCUCUCAAAGUACUUCUAGUCUGAGCUGGCCAUUGGGAGUUCCCGCAUUUCUAAUAUUUCUGUAACCUCAAUUCCUCGCGUCAAAGAUACAUACGAAGUAUCUUUGUCUUCUAUAUCCAAACAACCGCUUAAUCACACCCACACAUACAAAAACAACCAAAAAUGGCGUCAAGGAUGUUAUCUACAGCCCUUCGCCCUGCCGCGAGCGCAGUCAGCAGACAAACCGUCACAGCCCAGCGCGGCUUCAGCGCCAGUGCCAUGAGCAUGAAGCAGAAGGAGGGCCACGACGAGAGCUACGACCCCGAGAAGCACAAGCAGGACUUGCUCUCGAAGCAGAAGUCAGGCAAGGGUCACUGGAAGCCGGAGCUGGCCUCCGAGAGCGAGGCGGCCGUCAAGGCGGACCGUACUAACGGCGAGGACAUCGCCACGCUCCAGAACCGCACAAAGGCCACCGCUGAAGAAACGUCCAAGGGUGGCACCAGCAUGCAUGAUGGAUUGUAAAGAAAGGAAAGGGCAAUAGUGUACGUGAUGAGAGUGGACCUGGUGUGAAAUGGGAUGAGAUGCCUUGCCAUUGUGACGUGGUACUGAAAAGCCUCAAACCGUAUCAUUAGAAACCAACGGCACAAAAAAAAAAGUUCAUAAUUGAGAUUUCGUGCGAGAACUUCUGCCGUCUGCUUCACUGGCAGGAAUCACAGA